AAAACCACGAAAAAAAAAACUCGACCACCUAAACCAAGACCUAAACAAAAUUCGACAUUUUUGUGCAGACCAAGGCCACAUAUAGUGCGCAGACUACUACACAGUGCAGUAGUGAUUCAAGGGUAGAAUCGACGGUUUAUUUAGUGCUGGUAACGGCAAUUUACCGUUAAUCUUUUCAUUCAUUUGAUUUUUUUUUUGUACUUUUUGAUUGUGAUUAGGAUUAUUAAUGAGUUUGCGGAUUGACGUUUUUUCGCAAAUUUGUGAGCUUGAAAAGUGAUGUGGCCCAGCGCGGUCCGCUGUGGCUACUGCCAAAAGACGAUAUCAAAAUCGCAAAUUUCGAGACACCGGAGAAGGCUGCAUCCGUGGUUGCCUACAACCCGGCCCGGCCGGCCCCGCAAAAGCGAAUCGCAACCGGCUGAUGGUGGUCCUUCGCCAGUGGAGCUGCUGCUUCUGGCUGCAGGCACAUUGCCGGACCAUUCGGAGGAGGAGGAAGAGAACCUUCACACUGUCCCCGACAUCAAGUCUGAGCCGGCGCUGUCCAGCUCGGGACGGACCGACAGGAGCACAUCUCCAGAGAAGGAGAGGCUGGCGGAAGAGACGGCGUCCACCGACCGGGAGCCCUCCCCGUCUCCUGCUGCGGAUCCCGGCUCCGCCGCCGCGGAGCCUGCUGCCGAGCGCCCGCCGACCGAGGCUGCUGAUUCUCGCAGUCCGCCGCUAGGUGGCUCUCCGGACCGGCCGCUAGAUGGCAGGAGCAGCACAGUGACGCCGCCCGACCCUGCGAUGUUCGUCUCGGCUGAGAUCAAAUCGGAGCCAGGCAGCCCGCGAGGAGAGCGAAGGAGCCCGCAGAGGGCCAGUACGAGUCCUUCAUCGGCACAGCCGACUUACCUUCCGAUGCUGCCUGGACUGCAGACGCGCGGGAUGCUGUGCUCGUGUGGGAUCAACUUCAGUUCGCUCAGCACGCUGGCGGCUCACCAGAAGUACUACUGCACCAACAGGCCAAACGCUGACGAUACGCCAGAGCCGGUGGUGGGCGGCACGGAACCAGUGGUAUCUCCAGGACCUUCCGAGUCGUCAGUCUCAGAGGCGGCCUGCUCCCAGACCGACGCAGCCGCCAAACGACGCGUCUUCGCGUGCCCAAAGUGCGCCUUCACAACGGACAAAGCGAAUGGACUCAAUCGGCACAUGCGCAUUCACGUGCCGCCUGCUGGAGGUGCUGGUGACAAGGAGCGCGUCGAGGAGCGCUUCUGCCACAACUGUGACAUUCAGUUCUCGUCGAUGAAGAACUACCACGUGCACAAGCGGCACUACUGUCAGACGAGGCUGGGGAAGGCGCCGGGCGGCGGGCCGCCUGAGCUGGAGCCGCCCGGCGCGGGCGACGAUCCCCAGCAUCACAUGCUGGCUCUUCCCACCUCGCCAGUGCUGCUGAUUCCCUACCAGCUGCUGCAGGCCGCCAGUUUGGUGGCCAGUCCCUGUCCUCCCGGCUCACCGCCGACGGCGUGUGUGGUGCUGCCGGACGGCACAGUGCAGCCGCUUAGUCAGCUAGCCCAGCAGUUGGCUGCUAAAGAGGGAGCCGAGACCCCGCGACCAACCGUGCCGCCCCUGCUGCCGUUCCCUCUUCCUGCGCUGAACACAGCGGCAGCGGCGGCGGUGGCGGCCGCAGCCGCCUCUCAGCCACUCGACUGGUUAGCUGCGUACGGCAAACGGGCGAGGACAGCUGAGAAAGACUCGGCGCUCGACCUGACCAUCAAGCGGCCGCGGAUUGGCGCCGUGCCGACCGACUCGGAGAGCGAGGAGGAGCGUGGGGCGCCUCUGACGCCGGCCACUCCGGGGCGACCGAGCUCAGUUCGCUCUGGUGCCGCCUCUUCGGGAGCGACGCAUCUGGCGAGCCCUCGACCCGGGUCAGCGGGAUCUGGGGCCGGCUCGUCGAGCGCUGAGCGCCGGUCGCGCUCGCCGGAACCGUCGUUCCGCAUCUCCAUCAAGCCGCCGGAUACCAUAUCGGAGUCUGACUCUGUGACAAGUCGCCGUCCGUCCGAACUGGCGGCAGAGCCGGCCACCGAGGCUGCGGCUGCGGCACGCUCGCCGGCUUCUGCCAGUCCGGGGGCAGCGGCGGUGACUACCAACGGACGCACGCCUGAUGCUUGGCUUCCUCCGGUCCUCUCCUCGGCACUGGCUCGGCCUUCGUCAGUGAAGAGCGCCGACUCCAACGUCAGUGCGGGAUUCUUCAAACAGGAGAAGAACUUUGAGCUAGCUAGACAGCGACUGGCAUCAGCACGCAGCAGCGGCGAUGAGCGCACCUCGCCAUCACGAAGUCCUCCCGCUGUGAAGACGGAGUGUUCUCCUGCGACUGACGCUUCCCCUGCCAUUGCCGCCGCCGCAGCGGCCGCGGCAGCCGCAGCCGCCGCUGCCGCUGCUCGCUUCCAGUUCCACUGCUCAUCAUGCGGCACGAAAUUCACCUCACCUGACACACUUCACGCCCACCAGGCUUACUACUGUACCUCGGAUGAAGCCGGGAAGGUGGCGGCGGCUGUGGCAGUGGCAGCGGCGGCGGCUGGACAGGAGAGUGGCCGUCGCUCUGCGUCCCGCUCCCAUCCUGCGCUGGCCACCGGCUGGAAGUGUCCCUGCUGCGACGUGUACUCUCCCACGGCUGCGGCAGCGCAGAAACAUCUGGAGACACACAACAACGUGCGUGCUUUCAAGUGCUCGCUGUGUGGCUACAAGGGUAACACCCUGCGUGGUAUGCGUACCCACAUUCGCAUGCACUUCAUGGACAAAAAGUCACCAGAUUUGUCUGAGGAGAAUUUCAUCACUUGCAUCGUGGCAAACUCUGACGAAGAGGAGUCUGGUCGAGAGGACCGCACGGAAAAGUGUCCGCUGUGCUCGUUCAAGUCAGGACACCCAGAGACGAUGCUAAAACAUUUCACCCUGGCACACCCGCGGUCUCGCUCACGUGUCUCCACUGCGCCUUCGAUGAUCGAGCACCGGCGGCGCGGCUCCGGCUCCCCGCUGGCGUCUCGGCCCUCGGAGAAGUGCCCGCACUGCAGCUUCUACACGAACGUCCCGGAGACGAUGUUGACCCACCAGCGACAGCGGCACCCGGAGCGUCUGAGCCCUCCGCCGGACGGCAUCCUGGCGCGGCUGGCUCGCGGCUCUCCGGAGGCCGGGACUGGUCGGAGUACCGCCCCACCUCCUGCCAGCCCGGCUGGUGAGCGACCCCCCUCCUCUGGUAACACCAACGGCGAGUCGCCGGCGCCCGACAGCCUACACUGCCACCACUGCAAGAUCGCCUUCAAGCAAGUGGCCAGCUACGCGGCGCACACGCAGUUCUACUGUCCCGGUCGAACGGCCAGUGCUGUUCGUUCAGUAACGCCGGUCCAGUGAGAAAGCGGGCCCGCCCAGCUGCGGCGUCCCAGCGGACAGUGUGUGCGGUUGACUAGUCCUGACCCCAAGCGGCUGUGUUUUCGUUGGUUUGUGUGCCGGUAGUUUUGCCAUCGUCGUGUUAGGAACUGGGGUGGGAGGGAGCGAGUGAUGUGCGCAUAUCACCCUGCGGGCCAGACGCGAGUCAUACCUGGUCGGGCCUGAGUCACGCGGAGGUCGAGUCGGCUCCGCGCGCGGGAGGGCCUUCCCGGUCUGCGUCUGUUCCAGUAAGGCUGGAGCUUGUGUGGAUGUUUGUGGACUGUGGAUUGUCGAUGUUGUGAUGGUUGAGACCGUGGCCCUAUGCAGGAGCGGUCUGUUGGUACACGUCACGUGGCCAUGCCCCACUACUCGCUUGUUAAUCAGCGUUGAAAUGUGUAAUUCGUGUAAAUUAAAAAGAUCAAAAUA